AUUCUUGGUUCGUUCUUCUUAGGCUCAGCACCAUCAUCGUGGCUCGUGGAUCGCGCUCAAGAUCGCGUUUUCUGCACACCACUUUUUCUAUAACACCUCUCUAGGAAACUGAAGAAAUUUUUAUUUCUCGAGGAUUUUUUUUUGUAUGUAGAAGAAUUGUGAGCUGUGAUUUUGUGUCAUUUAAGUGAUUUUUGGGACUUUGCUGACAAAGUGUCUUCCGGAGGACAAUAACUUUUCUAUUGAGGGAGCAACAGAUAAAGUGUGUUGUGCGUGUUGUCAAUAUAGAAAUUCUCGUGGACUUUGAGAGAAAUUCUUAUCCAAAAGAAGUUCUCGGGAAAGGCAAAUCUCCCCAACAGUGCUUCUGAAAGAUAUUUUAUGUUGAAGGAAUAAAUCUCGUGCAGUAAUUAAGAGAUCUUAAUUAGCGAAAUGUGGAAAUUUAUUCUCAUCACCGUGUUCUUCGCACUGAAUGUUCUGGCGGAUGACACUGUCAAGGCAAAAUCCACGGAGCGCCAAAUUAGAGCCAUUUCGACAAAUUGCCCAAGAUUGUGUCCCCCACUGGGAGCAUCUCUGGAACCCGUUUGUGGCUCAGAUGGCUACAUCUACUCCAAUCUCUGUGAGAUGAAGAAGAAGACCUGCUCCAAGACAGGUCCAAACAUUGUAUCAGAAGAUGACAAUGGCUGCGAAAGGGCUUCGGGAUCCAAAUGUGGCCAUCGGUGUCCAUCUGAGAAGGAUCCAGUGUGUGGAACAGAUGGGAGGACGUACUUAAACAGGUGUAUGCUGCGUGUCCAGGCGUGUCGCGUGGGGAUGGCCGCCGUGUCAAUGGCCCACGUGGGGCCCUGCGCCAACAUCAGUGCAAUCAGAGAAUCGUGUCCCGUGGACUGUAACAGUGCUCCUCAAGAUGGACCAGUUUGUGCUUCCAAUGGAAAUGUCUACAACUCAACGUGUCAGAUGAAGCUCCAGACGUGUGGACAGGGAGUCGUGCGAACAAACAGAAAACACUGCCAGAGUACCAGGAACUGCCGAGAAUCUUGCUGGCGAGUAGCCAGACCUACUUGUGGCUCAGAUGGACGGAUCUACCCAAGUGCCUGCAAGAUGCGCUCAGCCAAUUGCGGUCGUCACGUCUUCGAAGUCCCAAUGUCUUUCUGUAUGUCCCAGGAACGAGCAGGAUCUGGCAAUCACAUCGAGGACUGUCCCACUGAGUGUCCACCACCAGCUUCUGAGGAUGAGAUGGUGUGCGGCAGCGAUGGAAACAUCUAUUCAUCCGGAUGCGAACUCAACAUGCUCAACUGUGGAAGGCUCAGCUCGUCAGAUUCCUACCAGAAUUUUUUGGCCGGCCCCAAAAAUCCUCAGUCGACGCGUAUCAGUACUCAACGGAAGCCCGUUCAGAUUGUCUCGAUGACGCGGUGUCAGAAUCGCUUGAAUCGCUGCAAACAGAUACCCCAAUGUGAUGACUUCCAGGAUAAAUUCGGUGGACUCUUCUCAUCUGCCCAGAAUGAUCUCAUCUGCGGAACAGACGCUAAAACUUACUCCAAUGAGUGUGAAUUGGCCCAUGCUACAUGCCUACGCGGAGUUCAGCUGGCUCAUAUUGGUCCAUGCACAAAACUCAAGCCAGCCAGAUACGAUUGCAGUGCAGACUGUGACCCGGAGGAAGAUCCUGAGAGCCCAGUUUGUGGAUCCGAUGGAAAUGCCUACCGGAACAUGUGCGAAAUGAAGCAGAAGACCUGUGGACUGCGAGUGGUGCCAGUUUCACUGAAAAACUGCGUCCUGACCGCUCACUGUGAUGCCAAUUGCGAAGAAAUGGAGGGCAGCUUUGUCUGUGGAUCCGAUAAUCAUCUGUACAAGUCCGAGUGUCACAUGCGCAAGGAAAAUUGUGGAAAGCACAUCUUUGUGGUGCCCAUGAAGCGAUGCCUGGCCGCUUUCACCUUCAAGGGCUGCUCCCGCAUGUGUCCACAAGAAUACGAGCCCGUUUGCGGAACUGACGAUAAAACCUACUCCAACGAAUGCUUCCUGAGCAUUGAGAAUUGCCGUUCGCAUGCUGUCCAGCUCAAACACUAUGGAGCUUGUGGCCGACCCGAACAACCCUCUCACAACUACCUGUACUAGCCGCGCGUGGACAGAGCGCCCGGGAGAUGCUGAGAAUCCGGACCUUUUGACGCCUUUGUUGUACAAAUCAGUUUUAUUUGUGGGAAUAUUCUGUGUCUCUUUGCUAAGCGCCACGCCUUGGGAGAUUUUGUGUAAUCUACCACCUUUUAUACGAAUCGAUGUACACUAGUGCUAAGUUAUUUAUUUAAUUAUUAUUUAAAUAAACAGUGUUUUAAGAGUA